AUGGGUGCGGAGGAGUCGCUGCUCAUUAGCACUCUGGAUCAGCAGAAGACCCACAGACUCAGACCUCCUCAGUCCCUCAGACCCACAGACUCGGACCUCCUCAGUACCUCAGACCCACAGACUCGGACCUCCUCAGUCCCUCAGACCCACAGACUCAGACCUCCUCAGUACCUCCUCAGUACCUCAGACCCACAGACUCAGACCUCCUCAGUACCUCAGACCCACAGACUCAGACCUCCUCACUCCCUCAGACCCACAGACUCAGACCUCCUCAGUCCCUCAGACCCACAGACUCGGACCUCCUCAGACCCACAGACUCGGACCUCCUCAGUCCCUCAGACCCACAGACUCGGACCUCCUCAGUACCUCAGACCCACAGACUCGGACCUCCUCAGUACCUCAGACCCACAGACUCGGACCUCCUCAGACCCACAGACUCGGACCUCCUCAGUCCCUCAGACCCACAGACUCGGACCUCCUCAGUACCUCAGACCCACAGACUCGGACCUCCUCAGUACCUCAGACCCACAGACCCAGACCUCCUCAGUCCCUCAGACCCACAGACUCGGACCUCCUCAGUCCCUCAGACCCACAGACUCAGACCUCCUCAGUACCUCCUCAGUACCUCAGACCCACAGACUCAGACCUCCUCAGUACCUCAGACCCACAGACUCAGACCUCCUCACUCCCUCAGACCCACAGACUCAGACCUCCUCAGUCCCUCAGACCCACAGACUCGGACCUCCUCAGACCCACAGACUCGGACCUCCUCAGUCCCUCAGACCCACAGACUCGGACCUCCUCAGUACCUCAGACCCACAGACUCGGACCUCCUCAGUACCUCAGACCCACAGACUCGGACCUCCUCAGACCCACAGACUCGGACCUCCUCAGUCCCUCAGACCCACAGACUCGGACCUCCUCAGUCCCUCAGACCCACAGACUCGGACCUCCUCAGUACCUCAGACCCACAGACCCAGACCUCCUCAGUCCCUCAGACCCACAGACCCAGACCUCCUCAAAACUGGAGGAGGACCUGUAGCUUUGUUUGAGGACGUCAUCAUCUCUGGAUUAGGAGGAGGUGAAGUGGGAGGAGGUGAACCGGAGGCGACCUGCACACUCAUCACGUCCUCCGCUCAGGAACACUCCACCCCUGAUCCAAUCACGGCUGAGGAAGCAUUUCAAUACCAGCCCAAAGAUAACUACCACUUCUCUGUAAUUGAUCCUGCGAAGACAUUAAGUCCGCAGACUCAGAACCUGCAGUAA